AUGUUUUCAAAGACUAUUCUCAUCUCCGUCUUAGCGACUUUGAUCGAUGCUCGUUUCGCCCAAGAACAAGGAAACGGCGCCAUCGACGCCAUCAGCGCCCUAACCAACUUCGGCACCUCGGGCGCAGCCUCCACCCUCGCAGGAAGCUCCAUCAAACUCCUACUCGCAGGCGCCAACCCCUGUUCAAAACUCACCCAAGCCGACGACAUCAUCACGCAACUCGGCAGCGACCCGGCCGUUAUUUCCGCAGCCCGUGGACUCGUUGCUGCCGAACAAAACUUCAACCCCUUUGUUGUUUCUGUCCCCAAUAUCUGCUCAGAUCCAACGUUGCCCACUACAGCUGCUCUGCGCGGUGUGGUGCCGCUUGUGGAUCCGGCUGUGGGGGGAAGCGCGGAUGAGAAUACUAAAAGUGCAGCGAGUGUUACGACGCCGUUUACGGCUGAUGGACUGAGUGUGGCGGAUGUAAUGGUUGCGCAGGGUUUUUCGAAUUUUACGACUACGGAUGUAGCGGGGAAUAAGGGGACGCCGGGGGGAGCAGUAGCGGCGGGAGGAAGUGCAAGUGCUUCUAAUUCAACGGCUAGUGCUGCUGGCUCGAGUGUUUCGAGUGCUGCUGUGGCUGCUGAUGCUGCGGUCUCAAGUUCGGAUGCUUGUGGUGCGACUACUCUUGCAACUGUUACCAAAGCAGCUAAAGCUACAGCUACAGCUACACCCAGCGCAGCUGCUAUUCCAUCCGCAAAUGCCAACUCCGACUCUUCUAGCUCCAGCACAUCCAGCGACUCCACUCUCUCCUUCGGUCUCUGCACCCCGACCCUCAAAUUCGAAGGCGGACUCAACGGCCGCCCCGCCACCGAAUUUACAUUCCAAGCCAUCGACCCUCUCAUCAGUAAAGGUCAACAGGAAGCUCUUAAUCCUAAUAUCAUCACAAGACGCAUCUGCGACCAGUUGACCAAUGUCUGUAAUGCGAAUGCGGCUGCCAAAACAGCGUGUACGGCUGCUAAAGCUAUGGUUAGUGCGUUGGGGACUAAGAAUGCUGGGACGGCUGAUGCGUGGAAUACUGCGUUGGGUUUUAAGGGGGCGAAUACUAGUCCGGAUGGGGCGAAUUGA